CAUUCGGCCAGCAGUGGGCGGUUGCCACAGCUGUUUUAGGGCCCCGAUCAUAGGGGCUCCUUGUCUGGAGGAGGCAGCCUCCGGGCUGGGGAGGAGAAGUCGCUGCCACCUCGGCCGGCCGGUGCAGUCCCCUGGGAGAAUCCACUUCCUGUCGUCCAUCCCCGACUGAGUUUGGGCUCCCAGGUUCAGGGUUAGAAAUUGGACUUUUGAUGAUGUUUGACCCAGCGGCAGCAAUAGCAGGCAACGUGAUUUUAAAGCUGGGCUUGACUUCCGUUUCUUCUGUCUUGUAAUCACAAAGUGCAUUUGGAGCAGGAAUUCCAAUCAUGUCUGUGAUGGUGGUAAGAAAGAAGGUGACACGGAAAUGGGAGAAACUCCCAGGCAGGAACACCUUCUGCUGCGAUGGCCGCGUCAUGAUGGCCCGGCAAAAAGGCAUUUUCUACUUGACCCUCUUCCUCAUCCUGGGGACAUGUACACUCUUCUUCGCCUUCGAAUGUCGUUACCUGGCUGUCCAGCUGUCUCCUGCCAUCCCUGUGUUUGCUGCCAUGCUCUUCCUUUUCUCCAUGGCUACAUUGUUGAGGACCAGCUUCAGUGACCCUGGAGUGAUCCCUCGAGCCCUACCAGAUGAGGCAGCUUUCAUAGAAAUGGAGAUAGAAGCCACCAAUGGUGCAGUGCCUCAGGGUCAGCGACCACCCCCUCGUAUUAAGAAUUUCCAGAUAAACAACCAGAUUGUAAAGCUGAAAUACUGUUAUACAUGCAAGAUCUUCCGGCCUCCCCGGGCUUCCCAUUGCAGCAUCUGCGACAACUGUGUGGAGCGCUUCGACCAUCACUGCCCCUGGGUGGGGAACUGUGUUGGAAAGAGGAACUACCGCUACUUCUACCUCUUCAUCCUUUCUCUCUCCCUCCUCACCAUCUAUGUCUUCGCCUUCAACAUCGUCUAUGUGGCUCUCAAAUCUUUGAAAAUUGGCUUCCUGGAGACGUUGAAAGAAACUCCUGGAACUGUUCUAGAAGUACUCAUUUGCUUCUUCACACUCUGGUCCGUCGUGGGACUGACUGGAUUUCACACUUUCCUUGUGGCUCUCAACCAGACAACCAAUGAAGACAUCAAAGGCUCAUGGACAGGGAAGAAUCGCGUCCAGAAUCCUUACAGUCAUGGCAACAUUGUGAAGAACUGCUGUGAAGUGCUGUGUGGCCCCUUGCCCCCCAGUGUGCUGGAUCGAAGGGGUAUUUUGCCACUAGAAGAAAGUGGAAGUCGACCUCCUAGUACUCAAGAGACCAGUAGCAGCCUCUUGCCACAAAGCCCAGCCCUAACAGAACAUCUGAGCUCAAAUGAGAUGCUGGAGGACACCAGCACACCUGAAGAGAUGCCACCCCCAGAACCCCCAGAGCCACCACAGGAGGUGGCUAAAGCUGAGAAGUAGCCUAUCUAUGGAACAGACUUUUGUUUGUGUUUAAUUAGGGCUGUGAGAGAUUUAAAGGGAGAAGAUAAACCUGAGACAAAGAACAAGUAAGGUGUUUUUCUUUGGUCUUUAUUCACCCAAUGGCACACUGGCAUUUUCUUGCUGCAAGUUUUUUUUUUUUUUAAUUAUGAGCUCCAGGCAGUCACAGAAGAUGUCAAUGAUCUCUGAUAACUGGACAAAUGGGUCUCUUGGGCCCUGGCACUGGUUUUUCACAGCCUCAGCCACGGAAUCUCCUUGGACUCCCCUUUCUUCCCUCUGGACCUUAGCUCUCCUGCUUGGGGUGGUAGGUCCAAUUCUGGGUUUAAAGGUUCUUGAAACUGGCUCAGUCCUCUCCAGCUGCUACAUGACAUGAGUCGAGAGAUGGUCACAGAGAACUCUGGCCAGGGAAUCCUAACUGGAUUCUUGAGAUCUUCAGAAUUGAAGAAGAUGGUGAGUGGGGUUGGAGGAUUCGCCUGGCUACAAAGUGCCACCAUUGCCAACAAAUCCUUUCAGAAAUGGGUCAGGUAACUUCCACUUGUAUUUAUUCAUGUAGUUUCUUCUAUCUCCCUUGUCCACUCUCUAAUACCCAAGCCCCACUCUUUCCCAGUUAGAUAUAUGUAAGUAUUUGCAGUAUAGAUAACAAUUUACAUUUCUUGUAGACUACCCCAAAACUUUUUAAUACCUGUGCCAUCCUCAGUAAGAAUUUAUGAGAUGCCAACAGCAUCGCCCCUUGCACUCUCUGUCUCAUCUCUCCUCUCUCAUUAGCUCCUUUUCAUUUUUUCUUCUUCUGAGUCUUGCUCCCAUUAGGAGCAGGAAUGGCAGUAAUAAAAGUCUGCACUUUGGCAGUUCCUUUCCUCAGAGGAAUUCUGAGUGCUCACUUAAACACUAACCCCCCACUCCCGAUUCUCUGUGUAAGGCCUGGAGAGGCCCUGAAUGCACAAAAGGGGAAAUCAAGGCACAGAGAGGCUCUCCUCUCCUCUCCUCUCCUCUCCUCUCCUCUCCUCUCCUCUCCUCUCCUCUCCUCUCACACUAUGUCCACUCAAAAAAGAAAACAAAAAGGCAACUAGUACUUCCAUUAGGCCUCGGCUGAGUCAGGAGGGAAAGCCGAGCACUGCUGCCCUCCCGGGUAACCCACUCUAAGGCCUUGGCCCACCUCGGGCUUGGUAACCACACCGGGGGCUUCUGCCAAGCUUCACUCUUCCAGCACUUCCACCUGCAGAGUCCCAGAGCCACUUCACCCUGGGGGUGUGCUGUGACCCUCCCAGUCAGCUCUGCUCAGGACCUGCUCUAUUUCAGGGAAGAAGAUUUAUGUAUUAUAUGUGGCUAUAUUUCCUAGAGCACCUGUGUUUUUCUCUUUCUAAGCCAGGGUCCUGUCUGGGUGACUUAUGGGGAGGGAGAAGUGUAAAUCAGAACUUUUAAUCUAUUUGAAGUUGAUUAAACUGUGUCUAAUGCAAACUGCCUGCCUCCUCCUUC